AUGUCUACUGAACUGGCUAAUUAUACAACGUGGAGUUGUCAAAAAUUCAAAUGUUCCGCUCGUGGUCUCAUCUUACCAUUUGGUAUCGAAGCAUGCAUGUCAAUACCAUUGCGAGCCACACUCUAUUUCAUAUUCCUUCUCUAUCUCUUUCUUGGUAUUGCAAUUAUUGCUGAUAUCUUCAUGUCCGCUAUUGAAACGAUCACAUCCAGACGACGUAAAAUUCAAUAUCCCGAUCCGCUACAAAAAGAUAAAUAUUUAACAGUCGAAGUUCGACUAUGGAAUGAUACUGUUGCUAAUUUAACAUUGAUGGCGCUCGGUUCAAGUUCACCAGAAAUUCUCCUAUCAAUUAUUGAAAUUAUCGGCAAUCGUUUCGAGGCCGGAGAACUUGGACCAGGCACAAUCGUGGGCUCUGCGGCUUACAAUCUUCUUAUGAUCUCUGCCUUAUGUAUUACGGCAAUAAAGACCCCCGAGACACGACGAAUCAAAUUGUAUAGUGUCUUUAUGAUCACGUCAUUCUUUGGCUUCUUCGCCUAUAUUUGGAUGUUCAUCGUUCUUUCGGUUAUAUCAAAAGACGUUGUCGACCUUUGGGAAGCUGUUAUAACAUUUCUUAUGUUUCCAUUGGUGGUCAUUUUAGCUUUUCUCGCUGAAAAGAACUUCUAUGCUUCAAACAAAAUCGACAUGGAAGAAGAAGAACAAACACUCAUACUAACUCCUCCUGAACUUGAUUCAACUGGUGCUGCACGAACUUUUCGUAAAGAUGAAUUGUUACAAUUCUUACGUGAUCUUGGUCAAUCAUCUAAUCUGUCAUUGGAAGAUAAAGCCCAAUUAUUUGCAGCUAAAUUAAGUGAAAGUAUGCAUAGAUCACGUAUGCAGUAUCGAAUUCAAGGAUCACGUAUGCUCACCGGUGGUAAAUCUUUGUUUGUCAAUCUUCCCGACAAGCUCCAAGAGAUACACGGUCGAUUACAAACACAUAAAACCAGCGAAUGGAAAGAGGAAGUAGCUGCUGCUGUUCAAGCACCACAUGAAGUACCAUGUCUUGAACUGAAUGCUGACGAAUAUGCCGUACUCGAAAACGAACAAAUUUGUGAAGUUGGCAUCUAUCAACGAGCUGUCAAACCACAGUCAUCAGAUGGAAAUCUUCCAGCUGACCAACCAAUCGGUGGUCGAAAAGGCACACUGUCGAAAUUAGAUUUUGAUGACGAUCCUCAGAUGGCGGUUCUUGAGUUUGCUUCUCCUAGUUAUGCUGUACUGGAACGCGAACAGCGUGUAACUGUCGAAGUCGUCAGAUACGGUUACACGAAUUCGACUAUAUUAUUUCGACUCGAUACAAUAGACGGUACAGCGACAGCUGGUGAAGACUAUGUCAAAUUAUCCGAAGAAUUUCGAAUGGAGCCCGGUCAACAAGAGAAGAAAAUUACCAUUCAUGUAAUCGAUGAUAAUCAAUGGGAACCAGAUGAAACAUUCUUCGUGAAGCUAUCUUUACCCGAAGGCGAAGAGACACGUACCAAACUAGGAUCGAAAACAGUUGCAUUGGUAACUAUUAUCAACGAUGAUGAACCGGGCUAUAUUGAAUUCGAAGAAACAAUUAAUUUAGUAAAAGAAAGCGUUGGCAAAGCAGAAAUUAAAGUCGUUCGUAUCAAUGGUGCUGAUGGCAAAGUUUCAGUGCACUAUCGAACUAAAGAUAUCGAUGCGGUAGGAACGAAAGAUUAUGAACCUAUUGAUACUGAAUUAGUCUUUGAGCACGGUGAAAUUUCAAAAAUCAUCGCCAUACCGAUUAUAAAUGAUCUUGAAGCCGAAAAAGAUGAAAGUUUUGCGGUUGAAUUAUAUGAUCCAACUGGUGGUGCACAAAUAGGUAAACAUCCGCGAACAGUUGUUACAAUUAUCAAUGAUGAUGAUUAUAAAACCAUGGCAAAUAAAAUGGCUUCGCUUGUUCAAGUGGAUAUUGAUAAAUUAAGUGUAACGAAAACGUCCUGGGGACAACAAUUUCGUGAUGCCAUGAAUGUGAACGGUGGCGAUUUAGAAACCGCAAAAUUUGGUCAUUACGUUGGCCAUUCACUUUCGUUCUUCUGGAAAGUUCUCUUUGCUUUCGUUCCUCCAACCUCCAUUGCUGGUGGUUGGUUAACAUUUUUCGUUUCACUUUUAUUCAUUGCUAUCCUAACGGCUGUUGUUGGUGAUGUAGCAGCUAUAUUUGGUUGUCUUGUCGGAUUGAAAGAUAGUAUCACAGCUAUAUCCUUUGUUGCUCUUGGUACAUCAUUACCUGAUACAUUUGCCUCGAUGAUUGCAGCGAAAAAUUCGAAAACAGCCGACGAUGCUAUUGGAAAUGUGACGGGAUCGAAUAGUGUCAACGUAUUUCUUGGCUUAGGACUUCCUUGGCUUGUCGCUGCUAUCUAUUGGGAAUCUAAGAAUCUUCCAUUUACGGUCAAAGCAGGCGAUUUAUCCUUUAGUGUACUUGUCUUUUCUAUUUGCUGUGUUCUUGGUAUGACCGUCCUUAUCCUUCGACGAUACUUAGGCUUUUUCGGCAAGGCUGAAUUAGGCGGUCCAACAAUACCCAAGUAUGUAUGUUCGAUCUUUUUUGUUCUGCUCUGGGUUGGCUAUUUGACAUUAUCUGGUCUUCAAGCUUACGGACAUAUUAAAUGGCAAAGUUAA